CUGGACGGAGUCUGUAGCGUUAGGCAUUGAAGUUUCUAUUGGUGUGGACCAUAACAGUAUUUUAUUUUGCAGCUUGUGUUCGUAGUUUGUGGUGUAUUUUGACAACAUGGUGCCAUGCGAGGCUAUAAACGAAUGCUUAAUUAUUUAAAUGGAUAGGUUCUCCAGUGUUGUAAUUGUGCAACAACUUCAAAUCAGCGUCGUGACUGAUAAAAUGAUAUAUAGAAUAAAAAGGCAAUUGGAAAACAUCAUCAGAUCAUAUUUAGAGAUUUGUGUACACUUUUAAACGAGAAGGUGAAUGUUUGAAAAAUGGAUAAGUUCAUGGACCGAAGGCUUCGAGUUCGUCAGAUUGCAAUCAACUUUUUGCACAAGAUGAGCGGCAGCACAGUUAUUGAGGAUCCGGGGAUCCCAUUGGUUAACAAGAUCAACGGGAAGUACAACCGUUACAUGGAAACGGAUGAUAGCAUCUCGUCUCCCGACAGCAAUGCGCCGGAAGCUGGCAAUAUGUCCGCGACCUUUGGGGUCAGCAACCGCUUUGACAACAUCGGCUACAAACUUGCACGUCGUAAGCAGCUGAUCAACCGUCGCCGUAUGAUCGUUAACGUCGAGUUUGCAAUGGCCAUGCUUGGGAUCAUGUUAAUGUUACUGGAGACUGAGUUCUUUAUACGAGGAGUGUUCACAAAGUCCGAUGCAGGUUCUAUCAUUUUAAAAACAGGAAUAUCAAUUUCUACUUUCGCUCUUCUCGUUGCCAUAAUGUUCUACCAUAUCACGGGAAUUCAAAUACAAAUGACAGACAACAGUUGGGAAGAUUGGCGACUGGCAAUGAAUUUUCCAAUGACGUAUCUUAAAAUUCUUACAGAGCUCGUCGUAUGCUUGAUUCAUCCAAUUCCAGGCAAUACCACAGUACCGGCUUAUGGCGUAGAUGGUCAAUAUCGCAUGGUGUCCCUCGAUGCUAUAUUCUCAAUCCUUAUGUUAGGUCGUUUAUACAUUGUUGGCAAAUUCACCGUCGUCCAUCACCGUUUAUUGACUGACACGUCUACGCAAAGUCUUGGAGCACUGAAUAAAGUAAAAAUCAACACGGCGUUCGUGUUCAAAGCGCUUAUGUCAACCAUUCCAGGAACCAUGCUUAUUUCUCUGAUGUUGGCAAUUUUGUUCAUAGACAGUUGGGCGUUACGUACUUGCGAAAUCUAUUACCAUCCCGGGUCCCCCGAGAGUAGCUAUUUAAACUCAAUGUGGCUCACUACUAUAACAUUCCUUACCAUUGGCUAUGGAGACAUAUAUCCCAGCACGUAUUGCGGACGGUUUGUUUCCGUUAUAACUGGACUCAUGGGCGUUGGAACAACGGCCUUGCUUGUUGCAGUCCUAGCGCAAAAGCUUGAACAAACACGACCAGAAAAGUAUGUGCAUAACUUUGUGUCACGUGUUCAGCUGGAUAAAGUCAGAAAGAACGCUGCCUCUGACGUCAUAAAAUACGCUCUUACGCUGUGGCGAAUGAAGCGGCGUGGGAUUGGAACGGGCAUGAAGCGCAAUCGUGUGUAUGGAAAACUUUUACAAUCCAUUUAUAUAAUGAGAGAGGCCAAAAAUGAGAAACAGUCAAUCGGAGAAAGUUCGGUUGGAGUUGUUGAAAUCGCUAAAUCUGUAAAUGAUGUUUUUGAAAUCGUUGAACAAAUGCAAGGCGAACAGACGACAUUUCAGUCUAAAGUGAUAGAUAUGGAAGAAAAGAUACGUAAAAUGGACGAAAAACUGGAUUUGUUGAUAUCGAUGAACAAAUGAUAAUGUGUUCAUUAACGUAGCGGUUUGAAAUGAUUCAGUCAAAGCCCGUUAUGUCGAUAAACGCGUUAUGUCGAACC